CGUGUGGAUGGACCACGUGGCAGAAGGGACACCAGCUGCGACCGCCUAUAACUAAUUGCAGGUUGGGGCAGGGGCACCCGGGAUGACGUUGUACUACUAAUAGAAUUCUUCUUCAAGAACUGAGCUUCCGGCAGUGUCACUUACCAGACUAUGUAAAACAUGAAUUUUUCGUGAACUACCGACUUGGAGGUCAUCCUCGAUCUAUUGAAGAUUUACUAUAGAUGGUUCUACUGAUUCUAUUGAUUUCAUGAGCAGUUGUCUCAAACAAAAACAAAAUCACAAAUCAUUGAUGGAACCAGCAUGGGCGGAUCCCGUUCGAAUCCGAGGAUCAUCUAGAUCGUAGAAUCCCCUGAUCACGACGAAAGUCGGCGGCGGCAACAUGCCGGAGGACAGCUCUGCCGCGGGGGCCGAGGUCCUCGGCGACCUGGAUCAAGCGAGCGCCGGGUCGCCGCUGGGCAAGCGGUCGGUGGUAGAUAUGGUGAACCUGGCCCAGCCUAAUACGCUGGGGAAGGACCAGGCUCUCCUGAACGAGGACGGGGAAGCAGGGACCGAAAAUGCGCAGGACGGCGGCAUCAACGACGGGGCCAUGGCCGUGGAGAUGUGGUAUUGGAACACCGCGUAUCAAAUGUAAAAAUGUCUGGGUCUGGAAGAAUGCAGAUUUUUGUCAUGCUGUUUUUGCAUGACGCAAAAUGUCUGUCAUGGAAGCUCUAGCAUCACAGAUUUCGAGAAGCUUCCGCAUUGCUUAAUCCGCAUGACAAAUCCCCCAUUUUGGUGACAGGAAAUGGGCGCCUUUUGCUGCCUAUGCAUGAGAGAUGUGUCUGUGUUGUGAAAUGCGCAUCACAAGUUCGCAUCCUUCCAGACCCAGACAUUUUUGCAUUUGAUACUGCGAACGAGUUCAAGUCCGAGGUGAUGUUUUGCAACCCGGUGGACAGUAUCCACUGCAAAAAUGUCUUGGUCUGGAAGAUUCUGAGACUUGUCAUGCACGUUUUGCAUGAGCCAUGAUGUCUGUGAUGGAUGCCCUAGCGUCACAGAUCUUUUGCGGGCUUCUUGAUGCCUAUUCCGCAUGACAAAUGCCCUCUCCGCGUAGCAAAAACUACAUUGCCUUUGCUGCUCAUGCAAUACAGAUUUUUUCUGGAAUCCAAAUGCAGCGUCACAGGUUGUGGAUGUAGUCUUCCGGACCCGGACAUAUUUGUAUUUGAUAGGCAGCGAUACACCGAAGCUGAUCAUCCCCCUGGAGGUGUUCGACAAGAUGAAGAAGGUGUACAACGAGAAAACGCGGCUGCUGCACUCGCGGAAGAACCAGUUUGACGAACUUUUGACGCUGUUCCGCACUGUAUCGUACGAAAAAAGUGUUUCACUGUAAGGAUUUUGCAAGCUUUGCAUCACAUGUUUGUUCUAGUACACCAAAGAGAAAAUUUGCCAUGCGAGAUUCCGAAGGGAAAACACAGCCAAAAAUCCACUGUCUUGCAUGUGUAGCAAGACAAACACUUCUCAGAUACAUUUUCUGCAUUACAAGUCUCCAGUGAAGCAGUUUUUUUUUGCGAUACACCAUGCGCCGGCAGUACUACCACGACCUGCAGGGCUUGCGGGAUCUCCUGAAGACCGCACGGGAAGCGCAGGAGCUCCGGUACUUAACCUAUUUCUACCGUAGGAACAGAUACUUGAAACCUGACGCGAGGCAUGACGGGUUGUGAUUGAAUCAAAAAUGUCGCAUCAAGAACAUCCUCCAACGAAUGGAGAAAAAGAAAUUGUAAUUGAACAAAUGUAUGUGGAUGUGGUGAAGUAUAAUUAGAGUGUAUAAUCCAUUCUGGGAAGGAGUUUAUUUGUUGAACCUGCAACUGUAUAUGACCUUGAUUUCUGUUCGUCGCACAACAUACAGAGAAAACGGCGGGUACUUGGACCCGCGAAAGCAGGCGCGGAUGGCGCGCAUGGAAUCGGUCGUGAUGAACCGGGAGGUGCACUACUUUAAUGUUUUGGACGUGGUGGACCCCGAGUUCAAGGAGAUCUUGAUCGCGGAGUGCCGGCAGUUUCACAAGGAGCUCAUCCUCGAGAACGCGGCCUUGGCGGACCAGUUGGCGGCGCUGGGGAUCGGGACGCUAACGCUCGAGGAAAAACUGCGCAUGUUCAUCGCGGAAUUCGAACUCAGCGAGAUUGUCAACCAGUUAGCGAAAUUCGCCCCGGGUGACACGGCGCCGCAGUCGGUGCGCCGCCGGUACCUGUAUCCAAGAAAAAAACUGUGCUAGUGUCACCUUCUUUGGAUGACAGCAUCACAAAUUUGCUCUACGUGACAGAGAAAACCUGUCAUGCGAGGCUCGUAAGGGAAAACAGACAUGAAAAAAGAACUUCAUGGCUGCCUGACAUGACAGGUGUAACUCUGUUGCAUGUUCUGCAUUACAGAGUUACACCUACAGAGUUUUUUUCUUGCAUAACCUGCUGUCGCUCUUCAACGCCGCCGGUAUUGAAGAGCAGUUCGCAGACGAAAUCAUCGCAAAGUAAGAUUAUUACGCUCGCACUCGCUCAUCUUCUACUUUGCGGUCUUUACAGAGACGGAUCCAUAUUUAACUUCUGGUUUCAUCGCUUCGUUUGACUAAUCUAUGUGGUUUUCUUGAAGAUUAUGCGAACUUUGUUCUCAGCGCAAAGUAGCCAGGAGAAUAUUUGAAAUAAACAAUUCCGGAGAAGGACUGAAUCGACCAAAAGAAAUUUGUCUUUGGCAGGUACAUUGAUAAGACUGCUGGGUCUGACGCUCCGAAGGACCCAACGGAAUCCGAAGAAUACAAGUCCUUGAAAGAGAAAUACGACGAACUCGACGAACGCCGCGGGGACUUGAUGGCCGAACUGGAUGACUUGCGGGCACAGGUGUCCGAAAUCUCCGACAUUAAGGACGCGGAGAUGAGUAUCCAAGAAAAAUAAAACUGUGUUAGUGCAGGUGUCUUCUACUUCAGGGGACAGCGUUACAAAUUCGUUCUGCAUAUGGCAGGAAAAGUCUGUCAUGCGCAGCUAGGACGCGAAAAUCAAAACACGUAAUAUGAAAACAGCGCGAUAUGGCUGGCCAGCAUGACAUUGUGUAAAAUUCUUUGCGUUUUUUUUUAUCUGCAUCACACACACACACAGUUUUUUUCUUGCAUAAUGAGCGACCUGCGUAUGGAGUGCGACCGACUGCGGUCCGAGGCCCUGUCCGCGCAGGCCGCCGUGCCCACGGAGCCCCAGGUGCCGGCCGCCGAGCUUGCGGCGCUGCAGGCCGAGCUGGCCGCGGCAAAAUCGGAUCUGGACGCGGCGCGCGCCGAAGUGGUCGCCAAGGACGCGGAAGUAUCCAGUAUUCGGGCGGAGCAAGCCAGUUCCCCGGUGGUGGAGGAUCUGUCGGGGCCGCUGCGCGAGGCGGAGGCGCGGCUACGAGCCAUGACGUCCGAACUGGAGGAUUACCAAUCCGGAGCGAAGGUGGCCGCGUCGGUAUCUGCGGCAAACGAAGAGGAAAUGCGGCGGCAGAUCGAGGAGGCCAAGGCGGCGGCACGCGCGGAGGCGGAAGAGGCGGCCAAGGAGGAACUGGAAAAGACCAAGUCCAUUCUGGCCGAAACGCAGAACGCGAAUGUGGAAGAUCCAGAGUGGUCUAACAUCAAGCGAAAGUACUCCGAAGCCUCGGCGAACUGGGUGGAUGAGCUCGUUUCAAGCAGGGUAUGCAUGUCCUUGAUUGUGAAUUAAUUUUCCAAAGAUAAAGAAGUCGCAGCUGCAAAACCAAAAGUAAAACCCGUUCGUUGAUGAUUUAUUAGAGGCCUCGUUUAUUUGAAACUCUGCGCAGUUGUUUCUCGCGAUAGAAAGUAGCAAGUUGGUGUAAUUCUUCAUUCAUGAGUUACAUACUGUUACUAACUCAUAAAACCGCACCGCCGUCGUCGUCGAAAGAAUAAGAAUUUACUUGGGAGACAAGAUCCUGUAGCCGGUUUGUCGAGAAACUGGUUCUUGUGUUUGUGAUCUCCUACCUACGUAAACGUACUUAUCUAAGUAUCUCAAAAAAAAAUUGAAAUUUUGUCAAUUUUUGCAGGAACGGGCGGAGUCUCAGAUUUCAACUUUGACUAAGGACCUUGACCACUACAUAUCCACCGCAAAUAUGUCUGGGUCUGGAACGAUGCGAACUUGUGAUCAUGCGCAUUUCACAACGCAUAAAAAUGAAAAUCUCUCAUGAAUAGGCAGCAAAAGGUGCCCACUUUGUGUCACCAAGAUGGGGGAUUUGUUAUGCGGAAUGGGCAUCGCGGAAGGUUCUCGAAAUCUGUGAUGCUUCUAGGCCUUCCAUGACAAUCCUGCUGCUUCAUGCAAAAAGAGCAUGACAAAAAUCUGCAUUCUUCCAGACCCAGACAUAUUUGCACUUGAUACUACAAGAGCGAGUACGACAAGAUCAACGAGGAAGCGGAGGCGAUGACAGCCGAAGUGGCGAUAUCCUGAGUAAACGAAUGUCCCCACGACCCCAAAGUCAAGACGGAAAUUUUCUAGGACAAGCCCAGAGCUUUUGAGCCUCGUCACGCAUGAAAAAUUUGGUUUUGCAGUUCCUUAGUCCUCUUGCGCAGGAGCUCGUAGUCCGGACGCAUGACAUUGACAAGCCGCUCCAUUUUUUUUAUCCAGAUUAGCGCAUGACGAUGACGACAGAGAUUCCUGAUCAUCACUACAAAUAAUAAUGAAUGCCUUUCAUGUAGUAGUUGGAGAGCCGGAGCCGCAGGAGAAACAUUUUGAACAUGCAAACUUGCAUCUCAAAUUUGGCCUGGGGACGUUUUUCCUCUGGAUAGGCGAAGAUGCAGCUGGAGGUCGAGAACGCGGCGGCGUCCAUGUCAGUCGUGCAUGCCACCGAGGUGGGCGGCGACGGCGACAGCAAGGCUGCCCGUGAGGCCAUGCGCAGCUACCAGGCCUUAUCCCACAGAAAAAAGCAGGUGGCAUGGCAUGUGUGUAAUACAAAAAAAAUACUAGUAUACUUUAUUGAGAUGAGAGAAAGAUCUGUCAACAUGGAUGAUGGUGUGUACCAAUUUAGUUAUGUCCUGCCUGCUGCUUUUUUGUGGGGGAUAGGCCUCCACGUCAGAGGACGAGAUUGCGCGCAAGGCUCAGGUAUCAACUGCAAAGAUGUCGCCUGGGGCUCUAAGAAAGAGUGCGCUAGUUUGUCAUGCAUUUUUGCAUCCUCUGGAACACAUGGUAUGGAAAAAGUGGGCAGCGUGGUUUAGCAUUCAUGCAAUGCGGAUUUUUGUCUGGUGUCAGUCUGCUCGAGAGCUAGCAUGACAAAUUGGAACUCUUCCGAACCCAGAGUAAUAUUUGCGAUGCAUACCAGGAGAUCGACCGUGGCGACCUGGUGCAGCUGCGGCUGGGCCAAGACGACAUCCCGGCGGGCGUGUACGGUGUGAUCAAGAAGCGCACCAGCGACAGGGACCUCGAGGUGCGCGUGGCCGUGGUGAACUGCCCCCUGCUGAAGAUCCUCGGCAAGGGCCUCCGGUUGAAGGCCAAGCGCGGCACCUUCCUCGGGAUACCCGGGGCGCCGGAAGAAUUCGCGGCCCUGGCGCUGGACGACGCGGACGAGGUGGCGGAGGAGCUGGGCGAGGAACUGAGUCCGCGGGGCAGCCGCCGGGGCUCCCCCCGCGCGCCGCACAUCGACGGCAUGAUGCAAACGUUGGUGACCGAAACCCGGGAGGACGCGACGGCCAUGACGCCGCGCCGCGAGCGGAAAAACACGAAGGGAAAAACGCAGCACGAGGUGCACUCGCCGGGCCGAAAGAUCGUGGAGACCAAAGACACCGACUACGACAGCAUGACCGGCCGCACCGUCGCGAGCUACCGCCAGGAGGCGGAGGAGAAGCGGCGGGAGAGCACGGUGGCCAUGAGCCUGGCCGAGCGGCUGAAGGCGGAGCUGGCGUCGCUGAAGCAGAGUCGGGAGGAGAUCUCCCAGAAGUUCGAGGCCCUGCAGGACGCGCACCACGAGCUGCUGCAGAAGCAGGAGCGCGCUUUCGACGAGGACCUGACGGAAAAGUGCGAAAACGACGUGUACGUGUUCUGUCUGUGGCUGAUGCGGUAUCAUGUCGAAAAGCGUCCCCAUUCCAGACGAGUUGUUAAGUAUGCUGAUUUGCAUUUACAGGAACAUCUGCAAUGCGCAUCCACAGGAGAGGAAUUUGUAGUCGUGUUCCGGGAAGCAGAAGAACAAGAUUUCGAUUUGUACGUAAUGCUGCAAACACGAUAAGCAGGCGGUUUUGUGAUGCGGCUGUCCUUGUAGUUGCUAACCCACCGUCAUAGAUAGAAACUUGUCAUGCAUAACUCCCAAAACUUGAAGAUUUGUCUUGCCGGUUUACCAACUUGACGCGGGCGGGGACGUUUUUGCACAGGAUAUGGGGCGAUUCCUGACCAUUCGCGAGGGGUUUGCGGCGCUAGACGAGAAUAUGACAGUGCACAACUCCCCCUUCCCCUCAUUUGUCAUGCAAAACUAGGCGUGGCACUGUGAUCCAAGAAGAGACGAAGCGGGGAGGGGGUGCGGGGAGGGAAAGUUCGAUGAGGGGGGGCGAAAAGAAAGAGCGGGUACUUGUGGUAACCGAGGAAAGUUUGAAGUGUGUACGCGCGAGGCGGAACGCGCGGAAAAGUUGAAAGCAUAGAUGAAAGGCGCGAUAGAGAAACAGCAAAAGCUGCCGCCUCGGUACGUGUACGCCUGAAAGCUGAGCAUGUGAAAAGGCAAGAAGCCGGUGAGCGUGCAGAGCAAAGUCGCAGCGCUAACUGCAAAAGCAGCAGAAUCGUAGAGGGCGCGCGUUCGGUGAGCAAGUCGUGGAACAGAAAGAAAGACGUCGGAAAAGAAACGCAGGUCGUGCAAAAAAGAGAGCCGCCUUUCCCUUUCGUCGGUGUAGGAAAGAACGGCUCAAAGUCGGUUUGUGCAAAGGGACUGCAAAAAGUGCGCGCCUCCGGCGCGGCUAGUCAGCCGGUGGGAAGAAGAAAAACAGGAAGCGCGACGCAGAAAUGGGCAGAACAGGUUCUCGUGGAAGGUACGGGGAUGCAUCGAGGGCGAGCGCCUGUGCGAUGGCGUUGCGGCGCCGACACUCACCAUGGUUGCGUCUAUUUCCUGCUCCUUUUCCAAUGGAUUGCCGCGGUGGUGCCACCUUUGGCCGUUUUGCAUUACAGCGCAGCGUGCCUUUUUCCGCUGCCGCCCGGGUUUCGCCGCGGCGUCUCUGACCGCACCGGGCUGAACCGCGGAGCCUUUGACCGCCCCGGGACGCGCCGCGCCGGGAUGGACCGCGGCGCCUUGAGCCGCCCCGGGAUUGGCCGCGGCGCCUUUGACCGCGCCGGGAUGGACCGCGGCGCCUUGAGCCGCCCCGGGAUUGGCCGCGGCGCCUUUGACCGCGCCGGGAUGGACCGCGGCGCCUUGAGCCGCCCCGGGAUUGGCCGCGGCGCCUUUGACCGCGCCGGGAUGGACCGCGGCGCCUUGAGCCGCCCCGGGAUUGGCCGCGGCGCCUUUGACCGCGCCGGGAUGGACCGCGGCGCCUUGAGCCGCCCCGGGAUGGGCCGCAGCGCCUUUGACCGCGCCGGGAUGGGCCGCGGCGCCUUGAACCGCCCCGGGAUUGGCCGCGGCGCCUUUGACCGCCCCGCGAUUCAGCCCUUUUUUUGGCGGUCGAUCGCGGUCAAACGCGCCGCCGAAAUCGCGGUCGCGCCCCCCCCAAAUCGCGGCCAAACGCGCUGCGCCCCCGCCUCGACCGGCCUUGGCCAAGAUUGCAAAACCGCGACCGCGGCGGGAUUAGCGCGACCGCGAAGCGCCCCUCUGGGGACCGCCCCCGCGUUUUACCGCGACCGCGUUUUGGGGGGGCGUCCGGCGUUUUUUUUGGGGGCGCGACCGCGUUUCUGCCGGGGUACGACCGCGAUUUUGCCGGGGCGCGACCGCGUUUGGGCGCCCCGCGUUUGACCGCCCCCCCCGCGUUUACCCGACCCGCGUUUGACCGCGACCGCCCCCGCUUCGUCUUUGUCUUAUAUAAUAUUAAUGGCAAAUCCACCCUUUGCCUCUUGGCACUGUUUGCAUGACAAGCUCUGGUAGCCCAAAUAGCACUACAGUCCAGUGUAGAUUUGUCAUGCAAAACCGGCACUGUUGCUGAUGCUUGUAUUGCCGUUCACGCGAUACAAAUGAGGGGGAGGGGGAGCUGUGCACUCUCACAGAGAACGGGCAGGGGUCGAUCACGCUGGGAGAGCUGGUGGACGGGCUAGAGAAGCACAAGUUCAUCACCUUCUUCGCCAAGCGCGUGUUCCGGAAACUGGACGUGGACGGGUCCUACCAAAUCGACAAAUUCGAUGUCGAUCUGGGUCUGCAUCAGUUGUAGUGCAGCAGCUUCGUUUGUCUUCAUACAGAUUUUGCAUGCCUCACGAGGGAGCAAGAGCAUGACGACUUGGAAGAUGCAGGGCGGUCUAGUUGUGUCACAGAUUUUGCAUGGGCUUCGCAUAGAGAACAAAUGAUACUGUUUUAGCAGGGCCAAAGAAGGGCUGCUACCCGUGCACGACAAGUUUCUUGUGUGUACAAAACUGCGGGACGCAUCACAAGUUCUUGAUGCAAUGUAGUUCCAGACCCAGGUCACUAAAUAUUUGCAAUGCAUAGGUCCGGCGACCUAGAGAUCCGGGAGAUUAUCGACCUGAAGGAGCAGUGGGCGUUGGUGGAGAACGAGCGGCAGCAGAUCUCGAAGGCGGAGGUGGACGCCAUGAAAGAGGGGUGGAGCAAGAAGGAGGAGAUGCUGCGGCGCUACUACGAGGAGGCGAAGAAGAAGGCCGCGGAGCUGGAGCAGAUCGUGAAGGAGGGCGGCGGCCGCGGGCGGGGGCGCGGGAACGGCGACACGGUGAACCAGGAGGAGAUGAAGCGCGUGCAGGAGGAGGCGGCCAAGGUGCAGAAGAACCUCGAGAAGAAGAUCGCGCACCUGGAGACGCAACUCUCGGAGCAGUCCGAGGGGUACAAGUCGCUGGAGGAGAAGUGCGGGAAGUCCAUCUGGCAGAACCGGCAGGACCUGGUGGAGAUGCAGAAGCUGAAGCGCGAGAAGCAGGAGGUGGAGACCAACAUGGGCAAGCUCCAGAAGAAGUACGACGCGCUGAAGCGGGCGCGGGAGGCGAACCAGUUCAUUGAACAGGUGAUGAGCGACCAGCAGGCCGUGUUCGGGGCGGGCCCGGCCGCCGCGACCGGCACCGGGUCGCCGGCGCCCGCCGCGCACCUGCUUCCCGCGGCCCCGAUCGUGGACCCGGUGACCGGCGAACAGGUGCUGCCCGCGUCGCACCUGCUCCCCGUCGGGGGCCCGGACCAACAGGCGGCGUUCGACCAGUUCGCGAACAUGCUGCGGGAGGAGGGAGCCGGGAUCCGGGAGGUUUCGUCCGCGUCCCUGUUCCAGAAGUUGGAAGGCAAGGAGGUGCCCUACCGAAUCCGAAACGAGGCCAUCUCGGGCGCGAAGAAGCGGUGGCAGCUUCUCUACGCGGACGCGGUCCACCGAAAGGGAACCAACCGAUCGCAUGGAGGUAAAAUCUUUGAAGAACAUGUGUAUGCUGCAUUUGAGAAAUCGUUUUGGUUUUGUUGCCUGAGUUUGCCUGUUCUGUUGUGGUGCUGCUGGCAACAUCUUCAUGAUCCCGUGUGCAUGUCGCUCGCGGGCUCAAUAAGUGAAGAAUGGUCCUCUUUAUUGAGAGAGACAAAAGCUCUACUUCUUGUUCCCAAAAGAAAAACCUAUACAUAAAUCACAUUCACAGUGGCCUUCGCUUCCUUGUCACCGCGGCCAGGCGGGGUGCGGAUUACGAGCCCCCCUCCGCUGGUGCACGAGCUCCGGGACGCUAUGGCAGGGUCGCCUCACGCGAGUUGGUCCUACAAUUUCCGGUCCUUCGCGUCCCCCAGCAAGCCGGAGCUGUACCACGCCCCGCAUCGGUCUACGAACGACGCGCCGCCCUUCUCCCCGUCGAAGGUGGUGUCCAUGGCGGGCCUCCUGCAGACCGGGGACCACCUGAUCCACGGCAAGACGCACCACGGCGGGUUUCUGCCCAAGCACACCCGCCAGGCCCUGAACCGGAAACGACGACAGCAAGCCUCCCUCUCGCCGCGUCGCUCGGACUCCGGGUCUCCGAGGGGCGAAAGUCCGUUCUCGACGUUUGCAUCCAUGCUCGCCGGGCAAAACAGUAUGCCGCCGCCGGGAGGAGCGAGUCGCAGGUAGAAUUUGACGACAUACUUACACAGUGUUUUUUUUCUUUUUGCUUCGUGGACCAAAAAAAACGCCGCUUCUUUUCUGUUUUUUGUUGGGGAUGAAGGUGAACUGUUUGUUUGUUUCUUGCACUUAUUCCUCAGUAGAAACAAUAACAAAGCGCAAUGCCAAUGUUGAUGCAGGAACAACGGACUAUAUGCAUGAUAGUGCGUGUUCUGAAGUAUAGAUCGUCAAGUUGAAGAACUUCAGAUUGUAACUGUUUGCAAUUGAAAUUCGCAACGAGGUACCUGAUUCGCACUCCACCACAAGGCACGAGUCGCGGAGGGAACAAUAUUCACACGAGUCCAGAUUCUUCCCAGACCCAGUUCUUUCAGCCGGCGCCGGCGCAGAUGAGUACUACCAACCUGCAGUUUCCGCAGUAUGAAAUGCAAAAAUGUCUGGGUCUGGAAGAUUGGAACUUGUGAUGCUAACUUUGGACUAUAAAAAAAUCUGUAUUGCAUGACCAGCAAGAGGAGUCUAGUUUGUGCUACGCGGGGAGGGCGUUUGUCAUGCGGAGUUGGCAUCAGGAAGCCCUCUAAAAAUUUGUGAUGCUAGGGGGUGCAUUACAGACGUCCUGGCUCAUGCAUAAUAUGCAUGACACCAAGUCUCAGAAUCUUCCAGACCCAGACACUUUUGCAUUUGAUACGCAGCCACCAUCGGUCAUUUCCGUGGGCCCCGCCCCCUCACUCCGGACGCCGUCCGUGCACGCAUUGUCUCCGCGGCGGAGCCCCAGCCCAAGGCCGAUCGCUGGGGAGGCCGUUGAACUCACUGACCAAUCUAUCCUGAGUAAAAACGUACCCACACCAUAGUCAAGAUGGGGAAUCCGCUAGACAAGUCCACAAGUUUUGGCUGUUUUGCAUGACAAAUUUGGAUUCGUAGUGUAGUGCUGUUUGAGCUAGCUCAGCAGCAUCACAGAUCUAGCAUACCAUGCUGAUUGGAGCAUGACAAAUUGCAAAACACGACUAGAAAAUGCUUCUCAUGGGGCUCCGCAUGAGAAACAUUUUCAGCAUGCAGAUUUGCAUUACAACUCUAGUGUGGGUACGUUUUUACUCAGGAUACAAUCCGCUGCUGCGCUGCUCAAGAAUUUCGGCCCCGCGAGUCCACGACGCCGCCGCGAGGGUGCCCUACAAGUCAGCUAUGCAUUGCAAAUAUGUCUGGGUCUGGAAACUUGUAAUGCUGAGUUGUGAAUAGUGAAUGCUGUGUAAUGCGCAGCCAAGCACGAGAAAUAAAAAUAUUUGCGCGGCUUAGUGUUGUCCUUACCGCAUGGCAACCUGCGUUUUUGCAUGACAAGAAAAUAAAAGGGCAUCUUCUUGGACACGCAUCACAAACUCGCCAGUCAUGCCACACAAGCAUGACAGACCUUGCAUCCUUCCAGACCCACACAUAUUUGCACUCCAUAUCAGCUACGAAGAUCCCAUGGACCUUUACAACGUACAACUUGCUUCAAAACAAUGCAGAUUGUUUACGAAUUUACGGCUGCUUCUGGUUACUAUCUAGUUUUUGGAAAAGGCUGUAGUUUUAUAUUUCCGUCGGUUUAUACGACAAUUAAUUUCUAGCUUGCUUCGCCUGCUGGCUCGGCUGCUGCUGCUCGGCUUACAACUCCGCAGGUGUGUUUUUGACUCCGGAGAAACUCUUUUUCGACGUGGCUCCCAGGUCAAGAAUUCUCUUGGUAAAUUUUGAAGGUUGUUGUUUUUGGGACACUUUUUUGAAGCCGCAAAACCCGGAGUUUCCCAUGCGCUAGCGAAUUUUGAACAGGAGCCGGAUUUCAAAAUUCACCGGCGCCCUUUUCAAAAUUCACCCCAAAAUUCACCGGGCGCCCCUUUUCGACCGUGAUAAGCAAACUUUAGCGCAGAAAAGUGCUCAAAAAAGUCCGCAAAUAGGCCCUAGGAAUUGGCGCCGAGGGGAAAAGACAAGCGCCCUCUGCUGCCCUCAUCCCGCCUAUAUUCUGCCGAAAAGACCGGGAGAGUUCACGCGCCUGCCGGAUAGACGCGUCAAAGCUCUCGGCCUGGUCCUUUCGCCCUUGCUUUCGCGCCUUCAUCUUGCCUAAUUGUAUGUGCUCCGGAGCCCUUAUGUUUGGCCUUGGCGUCUUUGCUGUGGCUGUUGCAGUGUUGUGCCCUUAUGCGAGCACAGGGAGACGAAAAGAUAUGGGCAAAGAACAACGCCCAGGCCAUGUCUAGAAGCCGCCCGCCGCAUAAGCCUUGACAACUUCCGCGGUCGGUGUGCAGAACCCACUUCCCAGAAGGGCAAGAGGGACAACGUGCCGGCGGACUCAUCUGCACUUUGUCAUGCAAAAUUCACUACAAAUUCGCCACUUCUCAUGCUAACGGAUGUGAAAGCUCUAAUGCUUGAGGCGGGUGGGGCUGAAGAAUUUCGGCCCCGCGAGUCCACGGCGCCGCCGCGAGGGUGCCCUACAAGUCAGCUACGAAGAUCCCAUGGACCUCUACGACGUACUUGCUUCAAAACAAUGCAGAUUGUUUUUGAAUUUGCGUCUGCCUCUGGUUAUUUUAUAACUAUCUUAUCUAGUUUUUGGAAAAGACGUGGUAAAGUAAACUCUAAAAUCUACUGACAGGUGGCCCAAGCCUACCAGAGAAGUCGUUCGCACAGCAGGAUCGAGGGCACGCGCGAACCGAGCUCGCACCACCUGGAGACUCCGCCGAUGUCGCCAAGCGCCUCCAUGUCGCCGCGGUCGGCCCGGCGCCGGUCCAGCCCGCGGACCGCGAAGCACAGCCAGAACAUCUCCAUGGCCAGCAUCCCCGACGGUCGCAUGGGUCCGGUGAGCAAAAUCAAUUUGUCGGCGGUGAACGUGAUGGAUCCGGCCCCGGUGACUCAGAAAGCGGUUCCGGGUCACAAACUCGGGCAGCGGCGCUCCCCUAUCAAAAGGAAAAAUCCCCCCUCCCCAUAUCGAAACGAAGUUUCUGAUGCUGGAUUUCCGUACACAAAUCAGAUUUGUCUUGCUGGAGAGGACUGCAGGCAUAUGCCAAGCCUCAUUCGAGAGGUUUUGACGUAGGCGCCUAGCAUGGCAAAUGUGUAUGCUCUAAGCCCAACAGCAUCACAAACCGCCUGGAAAGUGCGGGGCGCUCUCUGGACUUGCUUUCUUGUUCUUGCAAGACAGACAGGAUUUGAGGUCGCAAAUGCGCAUCACAAAUUACCAGACGGAUACGUUUUCAAUAGGGGGAGGGGGGAUUUUUCCUUACGAUAUCCCCGUCGCCUGCAGUCUCGCUGAGCCACCUCGGCAGCGUGGAAAUCGGGGACUCCACCUCGUUAUCAAAUGUAAAAAUGUCUGGGUCUGGAAGGUUAGAACUUGUCAUGCUAAAUCUGAAUGAUGCAAAAAUCUGUGUUGCGUGAGUACCAAAAGCUGUCCGCUUUUGACCAAGUUGAGAGGGAGUUUCUCAUGCAGGAAAGGCAUGACAGAGACCUCACAAAAUCUGUCAUGCUGGGUCUCACAUUCCAGACCUCAUGGGUCAUGGAAAACCUGCAUCACAAAUCUUGCAUUCUUCCAGACCCAGACAUUUUUACAUUUGAUUCUCGUACGCCACUCUGCAGCCACCAAUCGGCGUGUACAGCAGCCCGUCUCUGACCGUGACGCACCAGGGGACGACUGGCGGAGGACCCAAUUUCAUCACCGCACAGAGCUCUGUGAAUACUAUGUUGAAGCCCAACGGCGCAAACAAUGGGACAACAACCUCAAGCAGCAAGGCAGCGACCAAGUCCGGCCCGCAGGGCGGUGGUCAGCUCCACCAGGGACGCCCCGGCGCGCGCGGUGGCCACCCAGGCGAGAGUCGAUCGCGCAGUCUCAGCCUCGAGUUUCCCCGAGUGGAUUCGGUGCAGCUGAUCAGUCCCGCGAAAAAGUUCCAGACAGCGCCACGCGAGGUUGUCUCCACGACAGUUCGCACCGGCGUGCGCAACCGCAGUCGGUCGCCCGCGGAGCUGCAGUCCGGCGGAGGAAUGGCGAACAGUAACAACAAUAUGACGAAGCAAAGCAGCCUGUCCACGUUGGCAAUUUCGUUUGACCCAACCUCCACCGCUGCCGGCGCGCAGCACCAGCAACACCCGCAGAGACACGGCUCGCCCAUGCGCGGCCCGGCGCCCGUCGGUCGACGUAACUCCCGGACCGCGGACAGCCAGGCCAGCAACGAGUCGGCGAGAAAACUGGGGCAACUGUCCGCGGAUAUCCUGCUGCGCGGCGGUGGUCCGACGACCGCAGGGAACACGCCGCACUUCGGCACCACGGCCAGCGCCAACAUGAUGAUGUCCACGCGGAACAACACGAGUACGGAGCGCGCCCCGGUGGUGAGCGGACAGCACUUUGACACGCGAGACCUCCCGGAGGCAAGCGCCACCUCCCACAGUUUCUUCGCGUCGCCCGGCAAGAAGCUGGGCGGCAGCUACUCCAAGCCGCCAAGCACCUACAAGGUGCCGGGCGGCCGCUACAUUCCCAAGAAAGAGCUGCCCGGUCAGUUAGCCGCGAUCGAGAUUAACACGACGAAGGUCGUUGGGGGCAACAGCCAACACUUCACCUCGGUGGAAUCCAUCACGAGCAUGGGCGGGGGAGACCACGACUUACGAACAAACUCCAGCGGCUUGCCGUGGGAUCCCCGGGAUCCGCCGGGGAAAAACGCGUUGCCCGUCACCUUCGCCGGCAAAAAGCAGUCAUCGGUGAGCCCACCCAAGAAGAAAAUGCCUCCACCCAUGCCGCAGCUCUCGCCCUUCAAGUCCGUGGACCAAUGGGUCCAGGACACAAAGUGAUGAGUAAAACAACCGUAACUUCUGUACACUAGUAAAGUUUUUGUGAUUUUUUCCAUUCAAAGCACGCGGCUUUCUCUGCAGGAGUAGCAGCAGGAGUACGUAGCACCUUUAGACUACUUUUGUAAUAACUGAUCGGUGAGAAUCACAAUCAUAUUACCAAUAAGAAUAACUGUAGUUUCGACGUUGAUGACAUUGACAACAUGGCGCAAGAAGAAAACGCACGAUAAAUUUUCAAGACCAUUUUGUUUGGUACUGAGCUAUCUUUCUACACUUUUUAUUCUGGUACAUGAAAGACAUAGACAAGAAACCUGUAUGUUGAAUGUAUGUAUGAUUUGAAUUUGAUACAACUAUUGCAAUUGCUUUAUUGGUCUGUCGCAAUGUGAAUGUCCUAUCUCUAGUACAGAGGCCCAGUGCUCGUAUCACACGGAGAGCCUGUUCUCUGCUUAAAAUCUUCUUUCGUAUACAUAUUUUGGCGGCUCGAAAAACUUUGUAGGUAUCCGGGUUUUAUAAUUCUUUUCGACAGUAAAAGUAGUGGUAAGUCUAAGUGUAAGUCUAGGUAUAUUCAAUUUCACAGCGUACAGGCGCGCUGGAAACACGAGAGCGUACAUGCAGCAUAAACUCUUUUAUACAUAAUGCUUGGAAUCCGAAUCCUGAUCUUGGCCCGUGGAUCGGGGGAUUGAUCCACCAACAGCGCG